GAAAGAAUUAUCUUCUUCAAUUCAUUCGUGUUAAUCAAGAAUGGGUAAGGGUAAACCUUGUGGUAUUCGUGCUGCUCGCAAGCUUCGCGUGGUCCGUCGCCAGGAGCGUUGGGCCGAUAAGAAGUACAAGAAGGGACACAACAUCUCUUCUAUUAAGGCCAAUGUGCUCGGAGGAGCUACCAUGGCCAAGGGAAUUGUCCUCGAGAAGGUGGGAGUGGAGGCUAAGCAGCCCAACUCUGCCAUUCGUAAGUGCGUGCGUGUGCAGCUGAUCAAGAACGGCAAGAAGAUCACCGCUUUCGUUCCUCGCGAUGGUUGCUUGAACUACGUGGAUGAGAACGACGAGGUGCUGAUUGCUGGAUUCGGUCGUUCUGGACACGCCGUGGGAGAUAUUCCCGGAGUGCGUUUCAAGGUGGUGUGCGUGUCGAAGACCUCCUUGCUCGCUCUGUUCCGCCAGAAGAAGGAGAAGCCUCAUAGUUAACCUGGUUGGUGCUCUUAUGAAGAAGAAGAUAUGACG